CUCGUUCACAUCCCUCACCCGUUCAUUCGGCAUACAGUCAAGUUUGCUCUCAGUCGGAAGGCCACUCAAAUCCGGACACCGCGAAAUGACGGCUGCUGCUACAUCUCGAGCUCUUCUGGUGAACGCCGGAGCUCAGGGUUUACGGAUACCUCCCAUGUCGUCCAAGUCCGAUCAGCCGUCGUCGAAUGGUGAUCUCAACAAUACGGCGUCCAUGCGGGCAGUCCAAAAGCCCGAACGUCAAGCUGAUUUCGCGUACCGAUCACUUGCUAUACCAGAAUCCAUUGACGACCCUCUCGUUCGCUCGGCGUACCGGCCGUUCCUGCUGCCGGACGGUAUCCAACAGCAAGAUUGGAUCAGCAGGCUGGAGCUUGCCACUGCCACUGAGCUCGCAUACAACGACUUGAGAGUAACCGGAGAGAGAAUCAAGGUGCUGGUACUGUACGGGAGUCUUCGUCAGAGAUCUUACUCGAAGCUUCUCGCCUUUGAAGUCUCCCGCAUUCUGUGGCGGCUCGGCUGCGAUGUGCGAAUCUACAAUCCGCAAGGUCUACCCGUCAAGGACGACGAACAGCACAAUCACCCCAAAGUACAAGAGUUGCGGGACCUCAGUCGCUGGAGCGACGGCCACUUCUGGGUGUCGCCAGAGCAACAUGGCAACCUUACUGCCGUCUUCAAGAACCAAAUCGACUGGAUUCCUCUGAGUACCGGAUCGGUGCGACCGACACAGGGACGGACCCUGGGCCUGGCCAUGGUCUCCGGCGGCUCUCAGUCCUUUAACACGGUCAAUAGCCUGCGAGUCCUGGGUAGAUGGAUGCGGAUGUUCACUAUCCCGAAUCAAUCGUCCAUCCCGCAAGCCUACACCUUGUUCACGGACAAGGAUGCCGAAGAGGGCGGGUCGAGGUUGAUGCCAGGAGGCAACCGGGAUCGCCUGGUCGAUUGCGCCGAGGAGUUUGUAAAAUACACAGUCAUCAUGCGGCCGCACUUCGCCUUGUUCAGCGAUCGUUUCAGUGAGCGAGAGUCAAUGCUCAAGAAUUGAGAUGGACUACAGGUUCUUUGUUGCGACUGGUGGACUGGACAUCUAAUUUCGAC